UGGACCUGCUGUUCGCCGCCGCCUCGCUGCUGAGGACCUUUGCCCUUGUGGUUGGAGAAACACAGGCUGCGUCUCUUUGAGAUCAGACCGUUCCCAGUGCCAUGAACAGAGACAGUUCCUUUGCAAAGAGCCUUAAGAAGGGUACCUGGAAAUCGGAGAAGGAAUGCAAGGCCUUCGAGGAUAUUUCCAAAUACAUCUCUAAGGAAGAGUGGGCAAAGCUGGGAUACUCCGAGAAAAUCACCUAUGUGUAUAUGAAGAGAAACUAUGACACCAUGACUAGUCUAGGUCUCAGGGCCAAACUCCCAGCUUUCAUGUGUCCUAAAAAAGGGAACACAAAAUCCCGUGGGCGUAAUUCUGGUAAAGGUCGGAACCCCAGGAAUCAAGGACCCGGGGAGGGCAAGACUAAUGUCUGGGCCCACAGAUUGCGAGAAAGAACCCUAGCAUAUGAAGAGAUCAGUCAUCCUGAGGAAGAUGACUAA